AUGACAGCAAAUGUGAAAGAAUUUGUCUAUUUGGGAAGCACCAUGACAGCAAAUGUGAAAGAAUUUGUCUAUUUGGGAAGCACCAUGACAGCAAAUGUGAAAGAAUUUGUCUAUUUGGGAAGCACCAUGACAGCAAAUGUGAAAGAAUUUGUCUAUUUGGGAAGCACCAUGACAGCAAAUGCCAACCUUGAUGACGAGGUCGACUUCCGUGCCAGUGCUGCUUUUGGCAGACUUCAAGGACAUGUGUGGCAACGGAGAGGACUCAGCAUAUCUAUACAAGUGAAAGUCUACGAAACUAAUAUGUCCAAGAGUCUACCAUUGCUGUAUACCACAGGAACUUAUUAUGAAGUUGGCUACAGUAUUGGAUCAACAUUUGCUGAGAGAAUCAACAGGUUUUGGAGUGAAUCUGAAAAUCUAAUUAGAUGUGAGCUUCCAUUUUAUGAGACCCCAAGAGGACAAGAGUACUUCAACACUGCUUUGAAAGUUUGUGAAAUGAAUUUUCCCCAAUACAUACAAGAGAUUAAAGGCAUGGCAGACGGCGCCAAGAUGCCCUUUGAUCGCUUGUUCAAGUUGAAUAUAUCUAAAGAAGUUCGUAAUAUUUCAAAGAAUUUCCCAUUUGCCUACAAAGAAAGGUCUGGCUGUACAGAUAUCUACCUCAAUACACCGACAGUCAAAAUCUUAGCUCACAAUGAAGACUGUGAUUUCAAAAUUGAUACUUAUGCUUACAUGGUGAGUGUAAGAAUAGUAGAUGACCAAAGUGGCACAGAAUUAGAGAAUUUUACAUCGUUUUGUUACCCUGGCGAGUUGCCAGGUACAGCAAUAGCAUUCAACAGACAUGGUCUGGUGUUUACUGGCAACGCUUUAUAUGCUGAACAUGUUAUUGAAACAGCGACACCUAGGCAAUUUAUAAACAGGAGCCUCAUGAAAGCUCAUUCUAUAGAUGAAGUCAUUGAACUCAUUAAAAACCCAGGUUUUGGAGUUGCUAUUGGAUUCUCAUUGAACGUUGUGGACAUUGAAAACCCAACUUGUAUGUGGUCAGUAGAGGUUGGACCCCACGCCAAUGUUUCGUUAGUCCACGUGCUUACAAUAGCAGAAGAGAGAGACCCCAGCAAGUCCGGUCAUUAUUAUCAUGUCAACAACUACAGACAUCUGGAAAUAGAAGAAAUUCCGGGUUUUAUGAGUUCCAUUGCCAGGUCAAAGAGAAUAGAAGAACUACCGCCCCCAUCAAACAAGCAUGAGGUCAAGUGUCUACUUGGUGACCAGGACAACAAAGUGUACCCGAUGUACAGGACGAAAUGUCCACCUGACAUACUGGCCACAGCUCUGACUGCCAUUGUGGACGUUAACAAAAACAGAAUCGACUUUUACUCAGAAAACCCAAGCAGAGAAAAAGCCGUGCCCUUAUUUCAUCUCAAUGUUUUGGAUUUAUGAUAGUUACAUUUGUUUUUCGGCUUUGAUUGUAUGGCUGAUGUUUAUACACGAGAUCUAGACUAGUUUCUUCCUCAGUUUCAGAUCUCAAUAUGUUUCAUAUGUUUCUAUCUUCAUUAUGUUUUCACUGCUUUCUUCAUCAUGAUGUUUCAUCUUUUAGCUUACAAAUACCAUCAAUAUUCUCAAACUUCAAUUAAAAACAAGAUUACACAGUUUGUGUUAUAUGUGACUCUACCGGAUCCGAUCAUGGACAAAAAAUAUUCAACCCAUGGCCUUGUUUUAAAGUAAUAUCGUAACAAAUUAACAACAGACCCAAUCCUAGAUCUGUAAUAACAUAAACCACUAUAUACUGUAUGUACUCAAACUGGAUUCCAAACUUCUAAACAAGCAAAAUAAAAAAAAGAAAUAAAGCAUAUA